UCGAAUUGUACUGACACAAAAUGGCCGACAUGCGAUGACAGCCUUCCAAUUGGCUCACAGAGCGCAUUGCGCAUCUAGCGUUUGAUCACUGUAAUAUCUAUGUGGUAAUCGGUCGGGUUAAAACUUGAACGCAUCCCGCCCCCUCCACAGGGUGGAGGUGGCUAAACAUUACUGCAGAAUCUCGCCCGAUUGAAUUUGUGUAUAACAUUUACACGUUUGUCGCUACACUUGAGUUUUGACGACGUAUUUUCAUGAGAAGACAAGACCCUUGGGAUGAUUUAAACCUGACGAACGAGAGCCAACUUUUGUCUUUUGAGGUGAUGUCUUUCAGUUUAAUGCAAAUACUGUAUAAUUGUACGAGGCUACCAGUUUGACUUUGGCUAAGUAUAAGAUACAUCUUAAACAAGGCCAAAGUCAGGCUAGUUUGCCAGGCAAGUUUAACACUAUAGCCUACUAUAUUUCGUCAAACAUAAACUGACCAGCAACAAAUACACAAUGCAUCAAGUAGUGCUACAACCUAAAACUAUGCAUUCUAAACAAAAGCAGCACAAUAGCAUACAAUUUUUUUGCCCAAUUGUAAAGAUAUCUAAUUAUUUACAAACACUUUUUGCUAGUUUUUUUUAUUUCAAGGCUGCUGUAAAUUAUUUUAGCAUAGUAUAAUUAAUAUCAAAUUAAUAAAUAUGGAUAUUGUGUUGUCUGUUCCGUGCGAAAUAUGUGUGUUGCUAUUUUCAUUGUCUUGCAUGAAUUACUCGCUUACAGUUAGCAGGAAGAGAGAAUUUGCUAACUAUUGAGUGAAGAUGGGGACAUUUUGAGGCCAAGUGGUGGUACUACUUUGGGAUAUAAAAUCCCCUAAAUGUUGCAAGUCAUUGCAAUUUGGACGCUAUCUGCUGUCCAAAAUGUUGUUUGCUGGAAACAGGUCUGUUUAUGUCAAGAAUGAUGAUUAACAUGUUAAAUGUCAUUAGAAAGUUAACUGUACUGUACAUCGUGUUGGCGAUAUAGAUCGUCAUCUUGUACAGCACUACCAUAGAUUGUAAAAAAAAAAAAAAUGUUAUUUACACUGCUAAUUGACAGUGCUUUGUUGAUGUACAACAGUGCUGCCACUAUGCAUUAUGAGACUUGUAAUACCUGUUUAAAAGCCACUUCAAUUGUCUGAAAGGAGCUUUUUUUUUUUUUUUGUUACAGCUGUAAUUUCAUCGUUGUGUAGUCAUAAGUGCUUUUAAAUUUAUAGCAUUACAUCAUCAUAUUAAAGGAACCCAUUCACAAUUCCGACAUAGCCAUGAUUUAAGUCAUUCACUGCCAUUAACAGCUACUAGAGCUGUCAAAAUUAUCGCGUUAACGCGCGGUAAUUAAUUUUUUUGAUUAAUCACGUUAAAAUAUUUGACGCAAUUAACGCAUAUGUCCCGCUCAGACAGUAUUCUGCCUUUUGGUAAGUUUCACAGCAAGGCUUUUUGUGCUGUCCAACAGCGAACUCUUGUGGUCGCUUUGCGACAUGGUUUAUUUUUUUCUUACCAGUUCAAUAUGGCUGCACGACGUCUCGGGCUGGCGCCUACGUUGUAAUGUUGUACUUAAAUGAUCCUUGGACAAGAUUUGUCCGUAAGUAUGGUUGUUGUAAAGAAUGUACAUAUUAUGUCAGUAAGCGAAAUGUUUAAUUUUUGUAUGAGACGCUUUUUGUUUAUGUUUAGUGAACCUGUAUAGCGUGCUAAGCUAACGUUGUUGCUAAUGCAAUGCUUGUGUACUUUUUUUUUUGUAGUUUUAUGACGGUCUAAAGAGGACAAUGGUUUGAGGCCAUUUGAUUAAUAAAUCAGAUGUAAAAGGAAGAAGUCUGAUUAUUAAGGUGUCGUUCACUAGCUGUCUAGCUUUGGAAAAAGUAGACGCUUCGGAGUGAGGACAGCAUAGACAGAUUUAAAUUACAGUAGAGUGAAAUGCCCACUACAGUCUUUAUUUACCGUAUGUUGAAUGUAUAUAUCCAUCUUGUGUCUUAUCUUUCCAUUCCAUUUAUUUUACAGAAUAUAUAUAUAAUUUACAGAAAAAUAUGGCAUAUUUUAUAGAUGGUUUGAAUUGCGAUUAAUUGCGAUUAAUUACCAUUAAUUAAUUUUUAAGCUGUAAUUAACUCGAUUAAAAAUUUUAAUCGUUUGACAGCCCUAGACAAGUAAUCUAUCCAUGUUAACUAGUAAUAACUGGUGAGUUGACUCUGCAGAGGCUUAAUUCUUUCAUGGCUAUUGUUGCGAUAAACUAUCAGUCUAUUUUAACUUGGAGAUCACUGCCAGCUGUCCAAGCCAAAAUGGAUUGGUCAUCUGUCACCGUCAAUGUCACUGAAACAUUAUCAAUCACUGCCAUCUCUCCCACUUCAAAUAGAUAAUAUGUCAAUCGUCAUCUUUGGCAGUGAAUUUAAUCAAAAAGGCUCAACAUAUGUUUGCCCCUCUUUCGUCUAGCAUGUUGUCUCAUGUUCACCUGCAUCUUCUGCCGAGUGCCAGCUGCCUUUUCGAUGAGCCUGUCCACGUGAAAGUGACCGGUCUAAGGUCCAGGCAGGUGGUUACCCUGAGGGCCCGGGCCACCAACGAGCGAGGGGUGGUCUUCCGCUCGGCAGCCAUCUACCGGGCGGAUGGCAAUGGGGAGGUAGACCUCUGCCGGGAUGCUUCCCUGUGUGGCAGCUAUGAAGGGGUGGAGCCCAUGGGUCUGCUGUGGUCGAUGCGGGCAGCUGCGCCCCACAAGUACUUCCACUGGAGUGAGGCAAUCAGUCCCCACGUGGUCAGGUUCUCGGUGCACGACAGUGUUGAUGUGGAGGACGAGGAGCGGGGUGUAGCCCUGGCUGAGGCCACCAACGUGAGGCAUCUGAUGGGAGAGGGCGUCACACGGGUGGUUGUCCACCUCGGGAAGUACACUGCAGUGUUGUUCACACCACCAGGUGAAGGUCAGUUCCCGGGUCUGUUGGAUUUGUCCACCUUCGCGUCGGAGAAGCGAGCUAGCCUGUUAGCCAACAAAGGCUUCAUGGUUCUGUGCAUGCCUGUGUUCUACGAGAAAGCUGCCAACAUCAAGUAUGUGGAGCUGGACUACUUUGAGGAAGCGCUGUGCUUGUUAAAGCAGCACCCUAAGGUGGACAGUGACAGGCUGGGUGUAAUCGGGCGUUGCAAAGCAGGGGACAUCGGCCUAUCUCUGGUGUCCUUUGUUCCAGGCGUGCGCGCAAUGGUCUGGAUCAAUGCCUGCAGCGCCAACUCUGCUGUCCCUCUUCAUUACAAGGGCCGACAGAUCCUUUCCUCCUUGUCUAUGGACCAGAGGAAGGUCAUACCCACCUCUGACGGUGCCAACAUUGGCAAAUUUGUUGUCGGUAACCCCGAAGACGAAGAGAACCAGAGCAGCCGGAUUCCUGUGGAGAAAACCAGCGCUCACCUUCUAUUGCUGGCUUCGGAGGACGACCUUAACUUCGACUGCAAGGCAUACAUGGAGAGCAUCGUAGCCAGACUCAGGAAGGCUGGGAAGGACAACGUGGAGAGCGUGUGCUACCCGCGAGCUGGGCACCUCCUGGAGCCGCCCUACGGGCCAUACUGCCACUCAUGUGUGAACGGGUUUAUUAGCAUAAUAAACUUGUGGGGUGGGGAACCCCGAGCCCAUGCCCACGCCGAGGUGCUCGCAUGGAGAAAGGUGGAGGAGUUCUUGAGAAGCCGACUGAUGCUGAUGUAAAAGCUAAAUUGUAACGCGGAUGACUCUAAAUGGUUUGAAAAUCAUACAUGAUCAUUAUCAUGCACUUUUUUCUACACGAGAUUGUUUAUAGAAUAAACUGUAGUUUUAUAUUGUAUAACCAGCCUAUAUAUAUGUAUAAAAUGACUAUUUUUAGAAUCAACCAUUAGUAGUUAAAAAUGACAUGACACAUAAUUCCACAUUGUGACUUCAUUCAAAAAAAAAACCUAGCAAUGUUUCCUCUCAAAAAACAAAAUUUUACUACUACUUCUUUUACCCUCCACCACAGGCACCAUAUUUUCCAUCAUAGACUUCAUAAUAUAUUGCCGUGACAUGGGGCGCGGGGGCCAAUUAAUAGGGGGCCUAUCUCCGUCAAUGCUGACUGAGUGGAAACACAGACAAAGAGCUUUUUACCUUGGAAAUUCUUGUGAAUAAAUGCUUAAAUCCCUGAAUUCUUUUUAGCUAUGGACAUGAAACAGUCUCGAUUCUUGGUUAAAGUAAAAAAAAAAAAAAACAGCCAUUUAGAAUUUAUUUUAUGUAAAUACGUCGAAUGUGCUGCUAGUCUUUAACCCACUGUGGCGCCGCCUUAUCACCACAAAGAGCUUUUUCCGUUGAAAAUUCUUGUGAAUAAAUGCUUAAAUCCCUGAAUGCUUUAUAGAUAUGAACGUAAAACAGUCUCGAUUCUUGUUUCAAAGCUAAAAAGUGGGCAGUUAGCAUUUACAUAGAUAUUUCGAAUUAUGUUGCCAAUGCUGUAGCGGUUAAUUUCUCCCAUUGAUUUUUUUUUUCACAACGUUUCAAAAUGCAUGCAUAGUACGAAAAAUAUAAUAAUUACCUUGAAUCCUCGAACAAAUCACUCCUGAGACAAUCCUUCCUGUUUGUAUGCGGUACAGCUUUCGUAUUUUUUCAACCUAAAUCCAGAGUUGGAUCAAUGCAUGUGUUUGAGAAUGCGACUGACUUCGACCGACUGAAGCAGAGUGUGGGACGGCCCCCUACUUGAAGCCGCGGGGCAGUGUCUGGGGAAUGUGUCCCGUCAAUAUCAUUAUGAAGUCUAUGUUUUCCAUCCACAUUUGUAAAGCCCAAAUAUUUGGCAUUUGGUUCGGGUACACCUAGGCCACAUUUGUCAACACAAAGCUACAAUUGUAUGUCAAGUUUUUAAUAAUCAGAUGAAACGCAACAGCUCGUUUGUUAUGUCUGGAGAAGAAAAAUAGUAAACAUUGUUUUUGAAAAAAAAAAUAAAAAAUUCAUGAGUCGACAGCAGGAGUUAAAGCAAAAAACCUGUCACUGUGUGCACCUCCAGUUUACCUAUGCGUCAACACACGACUGCGCAAUUUGUACUUGUUAGAAGUUGAGUGAUGAGUGAAAUUUUCCUCAAAAAAUAUGAUUUUUAUUUUAUUUAUUAAUUUUUUUAAGAAUUGACAUUUUCUUUAGAAAUACAUCUUAGCAAGGUACAGUACAGGCCAAAAGUUUGGACACACCUCAUUCGUGCGUUUUCUUUAUUUUCAUGACUAUUUACAUUGUAAAUUCUCACUGAAAGUAAUAAAACUAUGAAUGAACACGUGUGGAAUAAUGUACAAAAAAAGGCGAAAUAACUAAAAACAGAUAAUAUACUAGUAUCUUCAAAGUAGCUGCCCUUUGCUCUGAUUAGUUUUUGCACACUCUUACCAUUCUUUUGAUGAACUUCAAGAGGGAGUCACCUCUAAAGGUUUUUGACUUCACAGGUAUGCUUUUUCAGGGUUGAUUAUUGGAAUUUAAUGCUUUAUCAAUGGGGUUAGGACCUUUAUUUGUGUUGCAAUGAAUGAUGUUUGUCCAACGCUUUGGCCUGUACUGAAUAUGUAAAAAAAUAUAUUACUGCAGGGCUCCACUAUUUUCUUUGAGAAAUAUGUAUUAUCUCACAAGAUUAUAACUGCAGUCUUAAAUAAUUAUGUAAGCCCUUUGAUCAGUGUUGUUAAUCUAACUUAAAAAAUAGUUACAAAUUACUUCUCCCAAAAAGUAAUUGAGUUAGUAACAGUUAUCUCAUUGUAAGAGUAAUUAGUUACUCACUAAAGUAACUGACGUUACAUUUCAUGCCCGACACGUUAUUACGUCAUACAUUACAUUCUAUAACAUCUUUGACAUCAAAUAUGUCUACAUUAACUGACUGACGAAUAGAAACACUAUAUAGAGUAUUUUAGAACAUUUGAUAUUAAUUGAAUCAAAUAGAAUGUCCUAAAGUCAUCAUGCGAUAUGUCAUAAAUGAAAAACAUUACAAAAUUCAGGCUUGGACACAUACUGUAUGUUGUACAUAAUUUAAAGUUGGAUUUUGUAUUUUACUAGUAGAGUACCAAAAUAUGGCUAUCAUUAGCAGCACUGACAACAUCAACCUUAUAUGAGAAUUCCUCCCAAAUCAACUUGGUGGAUUGCUACAUGCUAAGGCGUGUCGUGAGGGAUUCCAUGUAAAACAUGAAGUCAUAUUCAACACAUGCGUCUAAGCCUGAAUUUUGUAAUGUUUUUUGUUUUUGACAUCACGUGAUGAUUUUAAGACAUUCUUUUUGAAUCGCUCUGUAUAUUAGUCUGUUAAGAAAACACAAAUGUAAACUGACCAUUAAGUGCAAAUCUCUGACACUGUAUGUUCGGCCUACUGCACAAUAGGCAGAACACUAUCCUUAAAUAUUAUGUGACAAUAUUAAAUAUUGAAUAAUAAUUAGUGAUAGUUUGAGAAUGCUACCUUGCUACCUUGCAUGAUCCACCCACCUAACCAAUCAUCAUUGCGUUUGCAACGGCAUGCCAACCCUCUUCCCUCCACUCCACUCCCUUCCCGCUCUGCUCUCUCCAGGCAGGCAGCUGAUGUGUGACAAAAUCAACUCGCGUUUCACUCAACCAAAUUGUUGUAACGCGCCCCUUUACAUCCUUAGUAAAGGUAACGGUGUUGCAAAGAUGGAAAAAGUAAUUAAUUAGAUUACUCACUACUGAAAAAAAUAAAGCCGUUAAACCCUACACAGUUAUUAACUACACUGCCCUUGAACAAACAAACCCAAAA